CAUAAGUUGUGAAUCAGUGUCCAAGAAGACAGUGUCUCAUUAUAAUAAAAAAUAUUCUAAUAUUAGCAAAAACUACAACAAUGUAUUAUUCAACUGUAUUGAUUUUUAGUUUAGUUCUGGCAGUUAAUUUAUCAGGAGCUCAAAGAUUAAACUCUAAUGUGCCACCAUAUGAUCGCACAGUAGUAGACAUUGGAAAUGGGUCGCACAGAACAAACGUAGUCGUACUCGGUGAGGACGGUGGACUUGGUAACAGAUUUGGUACAAACCCACAGCCAAUAUACACCCAACCUUACCCACACCAGCAACGUCCAUCUCAAUCGCCAGGUACAACAGUUAACAACAUUGGAAAUGGCUAUGGAAACAGUAACACCGUGUAUGCACAGAGAGGACAACCUGGAACAAGUCAUUAUAAUAUUGGCUAUGGAAAUAACAACAACAAAGUCUUCGUUGAUGGCAGACAAGUAGUGCCACAAACACAAAGAAACGGCGCUGGUAGAGUCGUUCCCACUGCCUACCCCGCCCAACCAAGGACUAAUGCUGGUCAAACAACAAGCCCACAAAUAACUCAAGUCUACGUCAAUGGUGUACCAGUAAAACCAGACCGUACAGAUGCAAGUUAUAGUACAUACGUCGCGGGUGGCCAAACAAUACACGUCAGAAACACGGAAACCCGUCCAACCACCAGCACCAGCAACGUCGCUGUCGCAAGACAACUCUACGAAGUAUCCAAACAAUUACAGCAAAUUAAAACUAGAUUAGAGCAUGAAGCAGCAAGAAAGAACAUUAGAAUAUAAAGACGAAACGUCUGUUUUAUUUAUACAGUUAAAUAAGACUAGGUAUAACAGUAUCACUGCCUGUGUCAUAAUUCGUUAAACUAAAACAUUGUUUGUUUUUUUUAAUGUAAUAAUUAUAACAAUUUGUAACUAUGCAGAGUACUAUUUUGAAUUAAACAGAUUAUUUUCUUGGAAAUAAAUUAGCUACAUUAGCAAUAAUUACUUUGGAGAAAAUGAAAUGUAAGCAACAAGUUGACAUAAGUUCUUGUAACAAAACUCCUUCAGUGUGAAAGAACAUUGAUUGUAAUUAAUGAUCUAUAUUAAAAUAAACAAAGGCCCUUUAAAAAAUG